GCGACUCGUCGGCCGCAACCAGCGGUGUCACCGUCGUCGUUGUCGAGCACGCCUCCUGAGGCGGGUGGGUUGCCCUGGGUCGGCGACAGCUUGAAGCUUUGGACUGAUACUCGAGGCAAGGCCUUGCAAGAGAGCUACGAUGAGUUCAUAAGGCGACCGGAGGCCUUCCCAGCUCAUAUAGCAGCUCUCCAUCCAUUAG